CGCUUUACAAUAUUUUGCAAUCGAUUUCAGCCUAGCACGUUUGUCACACAAAUACGACUAUUUAUUUUGACACCCCAUAACUAAUCUGUUAUUCUACGUUAAAAAUGUAUCCGUCGCAUAAGUGGCCUUUAUUGUAACGACAACAAAUAUUAUAUUUUAUAACUGUAAUAACCUGUAGAGAAAUUAUUGAAAAGAAUAUUCUUCGCUCAGAUUGACUAUUUAAAUAUGAUUGGUCAUUAAAUUCAAACAAUUUAAUGGGUGGUCGUCCUAACCUACCAAAUGGAUAUACACAAAGAUCCUACACAAAAUAUUCAACCGUCAACAACAGUGCCUCAAUGGCACAGAAAGAAAUUGAAUGUAUUAAGCAAAUUGAAAGACACCUGCCAUUGGAAUAUCCAUGUAUUACAAUCUUUUACUCUGACAUGGAAACUGAAUUAGAAAGGAAGAUAAUACUAUUUAUCGCAAGACGUUGGGAUCGUGAUGAUCCGUUCGCCACUAUUUCGCCACUAGUAAGUGAACUGGAAUUAAGACAUGGCAAUGGAUGGAAAUUUGAACGAGUGGUUAAUCCGAUUAAGGUUGGUCGUGCAAAUUCUUAUGUAAAACCGAAAUCAACGUUUUGUUUUCGACUUGAACCGGAUCAAUAUAUAUACAAAUUUUACAGAGAUGAUGAACAUCACCACAGCCGUUAAAUAUGGAGCAAAAAAACAUUUAUUACCCUUCAGUAUUUGUUCAUUUUUUGCUUUAUAUAUAUAUAUAUACAUAUAUAUAUAGUUUCGAAUUUAAAAACAUGAUUGUUUCUCCUAGCUAUGAAAUUAUGUGAAAAAAUUGCAUAACAAAUAUAUAUAUGAUGGAUUAAAUCUUCUUCUGUUACACACUGUUUUCACCCACUUAUUAUUUAGUUCAAGUGAAUUCUUUUCUGUUGAGAAAUAAACCAAAUAAUAAAGUGUCUUUUAAGCGUAUGCUUCAAUACCAAGCAUUUUUAUCCCUGGUAAUGAUGAUAACCAGUGAAGGCUAACCAUUGUGUAACCAGGAGAGGCAAGCGCAUUUUUCUUAGAAGAAUUUACAAAUCUUAUACGAUUUUCAUAAGGCUUAAACUAACACAGAAAUUUUCUAGUACAAAGGAAAAACACACUUUAAAUCUCUUGAAUAAUGAAUCCUAAUGAGUCAAUUAACGAAGUAGCAUACGAUUAUCGAAAUAAAUUUCAAGUGUGUAAAAAUAAUUUUUUAGUUUUAGUGGGUAUCAAUGAAGCAAGAUGCUUUAGACUCAAACCUUGAACUUGCUUGACUUCGGCAGUAAGACUUAUCACCUACCAAGAAGAAUUAAUAAUGCCACACAGUAAUACAGUUUAGACACUUUCCAGUGCACUAAUCAUGUCUCACCUGAACCAAUGUAGGUAAAUUCAAUUUUGGAUGCCAGUUGAUGUCAUUAUUAAUGGUAGG